AUGAAGCGAGCAAAGUUUGGCCCCAAGACACUCACGGCAUGUCAGUACUGCUACACCAAGAAGAUCAAAUGUAAUAGAAAUAACUUCUCUGAGGCAUGCACUAAAUGCAUUGCUUUAAAUAUUGAAUGUAAGAAUCGGACGCCGAUAAAUAUGAUUCUUAUCCGGGAAGAAUCAAGCAACUCUGUGAUCACAUCGUUAAAACCCACAAACACGGUUUCAGAAGCAAACGAAGAGUAUCCUGACGGAGGCACAACGGCUCCUGUGAAAGUCUCCAAAUCUGCGGCGCUGCUGUCAAGUUCUAUUCAUUUCUACAACAUAAUAUACCGCAAUCUCCAAAAGCUCUUUGAAAAAAUCCAUACAGAAACAGAUGUUAACAUACCGGAGCAUGCCAGCGAGUUCUUUGAAUUCAACAUAAACGAGUUGGUAGUAGAUUUCUCCUUUUUGAAGAGGAACAACAAAAGCCGGAUGUCCAGUACUUUGGAACUCAAUGAACUACCGCCAAUUCAAGUUUCGAAGCGAUGGAUACAUGCUGUAUGUGAUGUAUUAGCAUUAUCUUAUCAGUUUUUAAUGAUUGGGUCUAUAUUGAAAAUUACAGACUGGAUUUACAAGCAAGGUGAAAGAGGUCCUAUUGAUUUGGACGAUCCACAUAUUCGCACAGACGUUAUUCAUGUCUUGCUAUUGUUAUCGGUAGGGCAACUGUAUCUAAGAGAUACUACUGAGCAUUUUGAGGAAUACCCGGGACUGAAGUACUUCAAGAAAGCCGUAAGUCUGCUGGAGGAUAACUUUGACAAUCCCGAUAUAUCUUACCUCGAAAUAUUGAUAUUGAUUAUCAUAUAUUUGAUCUCUUUGAACAGGUUAAGGUACUCUUACUUGUACAUUGGGAAUGCUCUGCGUUGUGCGUAUCUGUUGGGACUACACAAGGAUUCGACGUAUGACAACUCUGCCUAUACAGUGGAGGAAAGAGAAAGGAUGUGUCGAGUGUGGUGGACAAUUUACAAUCUGGAGAAAUUCAUUUCAUCAAAGGUUGGUUGUCCUUCCUCCAUUGCAAAUGAUAUUGUUGAGAAGAUCAGAUAUCCAAUUGAUGGCAAUUAUGAUCAUGCAAUGAGAAUGUCCUUUUUUCUGAUCGAGAGAAUAAACUUCACAAAGAUUAAAAAUAAAAUAACAGAUAUAAUGGCCGGCGGUGAUAUCAACAAACUGUUAGUAGGGAAUGGUUGCGUCUUUGACUUGAUGUACACCUCAUCACAGGAGUUGAUUACCCAAUGGAACACGAUAAUUGGCAUGCCUGGUAACAGAUAUAUGCAAAGAUCCUUUUUUUCUUUGGUUCUUAGAAUGAACGAGUGUAUCUUGUUAGUAACAUCAAUAUUUUUUCUUAAGAACAGAAGACGUAUGUUGUAUGGUUUACUUGGAAAAGAAGACCCUUUCCCAGAAGGUCAUAAUUUUGCCCAUUUGUCGGUAAUAUGUAUUCAAGCAGCAACGUCUAAUUUACGCAUCCUACAAGCUUUGAGAAAAAAGGAACUUUUAUUACCUUAUGGUUACAAUGACAUGGACUUCUUAUUUUAUGGUGUAAUAAUUGUGCUGUUAGGUUUGAAAAUGAAAGCACCACUAUACGAACGGUUCCCCUUAGAAGAUGCGUAUUCAAACGCAAUGGAUUUGCUGAAUCAGUUUACAAAUGUUGGGAAUGUCAUUGCCAAUGAUUAUCGAAAUAGACUUGUUGCACUGCAGAAGGAACUAGAAAGGUUAGAUGUCUUGAUCGUGUCGAAAACAGGGGACAACCCACCCGUAAACACUUUUCUGAAUCCUGUGGAAGAAGGUCCUUUCAACAGAGUAGAAAUGAGGUUUGAAGAAUACUUCCAAUUCACAAGUAGUAUUUGCUCAUCUUUGGAGAGUGUCUGA